AUGGCCUCGUCCCAUUCGCGCAGCGCCUCGGACGAGUCCAACAACUCGGCGAUGGCCUAUGUUCUUGAUCAUGUCUUGGAGUAUCCCGGUAGCUACGACUUUCCUCUCAAGACCAUGUGGGAACUCAACCGCCUAGAUCGCGCCCAGUUCCUGCCCAAAUCUGAGAGCGCAUCUCCCAUCACCGGUCAAUUUGCAUGGACCAACUCGGAGACGGCAGCUGUGAGCUUCCAAGCAUCGCUAAUGCACCAAUUGAAGUCGUUACCCACAAGAACCAGCUCGCUGCCGCCUAGCUUCAUCAACACCUUUGUUGGCCGUGUCUUCGCUCCUCACCUACAUCUUGUCGACUGGCACCAGACACUGACGGCCCUGGACUACCUGAAAGACCUAGAGACGAGGCGGCGAAAGGAGACCUUUGCUGCGUUCGAACGACUCAAUAUCCACCAAGAGACAUGGACUGCGGACAUGGCUUACAUCGCUGAAAAGUUUCCUGGUAUCGCUCUCUGGAUCAACAACAUCGAAGGCAAGAACAAGAGGGCUGAGACGUUUUACGCCAUCAUCUGGAAAGGUCUUCGUCGCUGGAUCCUGAUCAAUGAACUAUCUGAGCAACCGUUCAACAAGCUCGCCUGUCUGAGCAUGCUCAACACGUUGUUCCCUCCGGUCUAUGAAGACACAAAGUUGCCCUGUAGCUUCUUGACUAGAGAAUCUUUGACAGAAGAGCGCAAUCUAUUCUUUGAACUUAUUGGUCGUGUCCAAAAGCAUGGGCCUGAAGUCUUGCGUCCAUUGAUGAAUGAGCACAAGGGACCAAAUGACACGACUGGUUGGCCCGUUCUUCAGAAGAUCCUUGACAAGUACCUGAGGGUAGCCAUGAAUAUGAUCCAGGAUUGCAUGUCUACCGCUGGCCCGGAAUCUUUCGAUCGUUACGCCACUCUUUACGGCAAGGAGAGCAAGCACGAUUCCGGUGUAAGUUUUGGAUCCGAACGAAGACCGAGCGUAGGUUCCACGCUCCAGGAUUACCAAACCUUGGAGCCAGUGAAUAACGUGGCCCCUGCGCCAAAGGCUAUGACCAAGCUCGAGAGGAUAACCCGCGAGUUCAAACGCAUGCGCGUAAAGCCACGACCAGAAGUGGAGGAGAUCAUACAUGUGACCCCCCAAGCUACAGAGGCUCCAGUUGCCGACAGGAAGUCAAUAAAGAAGGCACGGUCACUGGCCAGUCUCCGAUUUGGUAACGGCAGCUCGUUGUCUGUGAACAGCAGGAAGGGCAGCGAUGCUGUUCCAUUCGAUGUAGAGCAGAUGAAGAAGCAUCGGCUACUGUACGAGUCCUCGCUCAAAAACACCACUGGACUCGCCUAA